ACCCACUCCUCCUUACGUAAAACAAACAGAUUCCACACCUCAAAACUGCAUGCACGCCUCGCUUCUUCUCCUCAACCCUUCCCAACUCCCCCAUCCUUGCAGCACAAGCGUGUGCCGACCUGCACCACCCUGCAGCGUGCCAAUCCUUGCAUCUGCAUCCGCCCAAUCAAUCCCCAACCCGCCCGUUCCCCGCGCCCGCGCGGCUGUCGGCGAUAAACACGAUUCCCCCCAAGCGAGCGGAGCUCGUGCAUCGACUCGAAGCGAAGCCUGCGCGAUAGUUUAGUGCUGCGGGGCUUUUCCGGCCUCCCCGUCGUUUGGCGCAGUGUUGGUGUACGGUAUGAAGCGGAGACUUCCCG